AGUCUGAUCUGUAUAAAUCAAUAAUCCUGUCUUUUUAAAUCUUCUGUGUCAAAUUUUGAAUACAAUACAAAGGACGGAAAAUAAUAAAGCGUUUUAAAAUGAGUGUCUGUUGAAUUAAAAUCGCCGUUUUUGCUACAUGCUCAAUACAAGUUGGUUUGGUUGUGAAGGACUUUGCUUCACCGAUUUGCCAAGCUGCUCCUCAGUCUUGUGCCAUGUCAGCAAUUCCGUUAGUUGGCUGUUCUUGUCAGACUGCGACCAGAAAGUUAAUCAGCACAUUUCCUCUGUCUUGCUGUUAAUGCCAUUAAUGCCAUUAAUGCGGGCAAUCGACGAGUUCCAUCAGUACCAUAAAAUGUUCCAUUUGCUGUUUGAUAUAAGGGAGUGUAGUCGAAGUGCUUUGGCUGGUAUUCUUCAAUGACCAUCAACUAUCCUUUAAUUUUGAGAAUGACUUUUCUUUUAAAAAAAUGAGCCAAAUCCCCAGGUUUAAACUGGGUCGGCUAUUCGCCCUCCGAAGUUUGCUAAGCAGAGCGAGACUUCAACACAGCCAAUAAUAUAAACCCAAACUCUAGGUAGAUUAGAUCAUUCGUAUUGUUGUGAUAUCCCAAUCUAAUUUAUUCUUUUCAAGGGAUGAGUAUCUAUAUUUUUUUAAAGAAACGCUCUAUUCUUUCACAAUUAUCGAACACCAAACGUCAUGCCUCUGACAGUUACAGUGUGCUGUACCGAAGACGUUGAUCAAAAAUAACAGUAGUCGAGGCCACCUUAAUAUCGUGCAGCGGUGAUCCUGGAAGAGUCGGAGGGAAGCAGAUGAGAUAUUGGAGAAGGGGUGUGUAUUUCCACCCUGGCCUCGUCUUUCUCCCCCCACUGUUUGGACUUCUAAUGGGCCGGGAUUAAGGCACCAGUUUUUCCCGCAGCUUGCAUGCCGUGAUAUAGAGUUUGAAUAUUCCCAGCGGGAACCGCCGAGCCAGGUGAAACUUUUAUUUCCCCACGGAGCCUCCGAGACUGUUCAGCUCCAAGGGCCAGGAUACUCUCCAUAGUUGCGUACUGGUCUGGGUCCUUGCAGCAUUCGCUGCCUUGUAUUAAACCUUCCCCCCCCCCAUCGGUGUGCUCGCUCUUUCUUUUUGUUUUGCAUAGCUUUGUUUUAUCUGAAGUGUUCAAUUUCCUUCGCCUGAGACGGAAGAAAAUGCUGCUCGGCGAUCCCUUUAAUGGUGGGAGCGGCCACGCUUUUGGCGUCGGCAGCCAGUAAAUGAAUCGCUACCCCUUUAAAGUGGCCAGGAAGUAGUGAGGGAAGAAGCUGAACUCUGACCGUCAGGGUGGAAGCACAUUCAGCGCGCUUGAAAUGCACGGCCAAUACUUGAAGAAUGUCUCCCAGGGAUGAGGCAGCAACAGAGUCAAAUCCAUGACUCAUUUGCACUUUGGAUAGAAGAGAUGUACAGAGGAGUGAGUCCUUCGCAGAGAUGACUGACGAUGCCAGCAGCAGUGGGGCACAUGCAGAGCAGCUUGUUCCAGAGACUCUCCCCAUGCAGAGCAAACGAGGCUACUGCGGCUGCUGUCAGGAGCUGUACACCUGCCUUGAACAGCACCUGCAGACCACUCGGCACAGGCAGUUUGCCGGCGAAUCCCGGAGUCAGGUGGUGGCAAAAAGCCUCAUGGAGCGCUUCCUACAGGAUGUGAUACAGUACCACCCCUCCCGAUACAAGGACAACAGGCCAGCGUACAUGGACCUACCGUCAAUCAGUGCCCCGCUUGUUCCCAGAAAGGAGCUUGCAGACAUACAUUCCUACCAAGAUGACAAGGAGACCAUUGGGACCAGAGAGGAGUUGCCCAGCACGGAUAACGAAUCCGUUCGAUCGGGUCAUGUGUUGGGUGGAAAGAAUGUCACUGGUUGCAAUCAAGCCAGAGAUGGCAAUCCAUCUUCAGUGCCUGUUGGGGAUCCAAUAAGUAGAAAAGACACCAUAAUUAAAGAGCCAGCAUCUGAAGAGCAGGUUGAAGUCAGCUCCCCUUCCUAUAAAGGGUUAUGUAGGACUGCAUUUUUAAGUGCGAGCGAGGGCAUCCUAUCUUGCAGUAAAGUGGACAGGCAAGGAAAUCGCAUUGCUUUGGGCGUAUAUAAACCAACAUCAAGGAGAGGAAUAAGGAACUACAGUAAGCCCAAAGCCAUCAGCUCUCAUGCAAGUGAGGAUCAUGAACAUUGGAAUCCUGCAUCUCAAGUGAACUUACCUGAUGUCUCCUCAGGGCCAGCUUUUAAGUUUUCCAAAUUGCACCACAUUAACUCUCAGGGCACGAUAGCAGGAUCUCCUCUUCCUCAACUCAGGGACCAUGGGGGGCCCAGUGGGCCAAGCCAACCGGAGGAAUGCAAGCUCUACAGCAGCAACACUGCUGCUUGCCAGGGUAGGCUGAAAGAAACCAAAGCAGCCGACCGCAUGGAGGAUCCGGUCUCGGAGACCAUUGAGACAGUCAUUCAGAAAUACUGUAGCAGGCAGGCAUCGCAACCUCGGGACAGUGACAGUGAGAACUCGGCCUGUCGUCAGCUUCAACAUCAAAGGAAAAUGGUGGAGAGGGGUCUGCAGGCUAUGAAAUUGCCUCCCAAGAAGGAUCAUUGUACACCAUCAAACAGUUGCGAAGUGGCUUCCAACAGGCAGGUGCUACAAGAGACGGCGACUUGCUUCAAGAAAAUGCUGUCUUUAACCCUCUCCUGUGAGACUAAAUCUGGAGGGCAGCGCCAGGGCGUGGGGGAAGAUGUGGCGAGUUCUGGAGGCAGUAUCUGCUCCCUGGGCAGUCAGCUAGGGCAGUUGAAGUCCAGCAGCAGCUCGGAAUGGAAUGCCUCCGUAAAAGUGGAGAAGUGCUGUUCGAGGGUGCCAGUGAAGGACCUGGAGUUGAUUACGGAUGCUCGAAUCUCUCUUGAAGACCACGGCUAUAAGACUCAGUUGAGCUCGGUUCUGCGCUCCCAAGCAGAAGAAUGUGACAAAAUGGAAGUAGAAAAUGCCGGCCCUGCAGAGAACAGUGUGAAAGCUGAGUAUGUUGAAGAGAAAACGUGUCCCCUGGAGACGGAGCAAAGGCUUCAUUCGCUACCAUACGUGCCGCCAUCUUUUGCUGGAAAGACUUGGUCAGAGAUCAUGGCAGAGGAUGACCUGAAAGUGGAGGCACUUGUGAAGGAGUUCAAGGAGGGACGAUAUUUAUGUUACUUUGACAGUGAGUCUUUGGCCAACCAUGGAAGGAAACAGAAGAAGCAGCAUCGGGCUGGGGUGAAGGAUGCAUCGAAAGGCACGUCCAAGGUGUCGGCUGACGGUAACCCCAAUGCCCCUGCCCCCGAAGCAUUGCCACACUUGCAAGAGGGCAAGGAGGAGGCUGAGCUGCCCCCAGCUCUGUGCCGGUCAUCAAUGGGCAAGAAGCCAGCCUUGAGGCACUGUCGCCUGGCAUCCAGGUGCCAGGUUGUCAAGGUCAGUCACGGUACCCAGACCAGCGAGCUCAGCUACCCGGUGGUCAAAAAGAAAUCCAGAAAGAUGGACCAGGAGCCCGAGAAUGUGUGGAGCGGGCUGGAGCAGGCGGAGAGGCUGGAUAUGAAGACCAGGCUGUGCUCCCUGAGGUUGCCCAGGUCCUACAGCAGGAUCAUGAGCCCAGUGCAGCCCCGGACUGUCAUCUACGUCCUGUCCUCGCCCGACUUUGACUCCACGGUGCAGCCUGCCUCCUUGGAAGGGAAGAGGAGCUCCAGGACUUUGCAGGACGGCGCCAGCCCGACCAAGUACAAGUACAAGAAGUCCCCGGUCAAAUACUACGACCCGGCCACCAACAGGAUCCUCAAGACGCCGCCCAGCAGCCUGGGCUCGUCCCACCACGUACGCCAACUCUUCAGGAGCCUCAGCCCCGACAUCAACAUGGGGUUGCCCACCGACGAGCACCGGGCCGGCGCCAAGUUCCAGCCGAAGGCGGGCGGCGGGGGCUGCGGCCUGCUGCAGGCCGGCGGCAACGCGGCCUCGGGCUCCUGGCCGCCGGCCGCCGCGCUCAAGUCCCGGGACUGGGGCUUGGGCGAACCCCCCGGCAGCGGACUGCCCGUCCAAAAGCACGGGCUCCCGCUCGGACGGGGCCCCCCCGCCCCUGCCCCGGCGCCAGGCCGAGCAGAAGAGCCUGGUCCUGUCGCCGCUCAGGAGGGACGGGCCCGACUCGCCCUUCGGCAGGCUCAACGUGUACGCGGGCCCGAGGAGCCGCCGGGCCCCCGAGAAGGAGAACCCGGGUGCGGCCCCCGCCAGGGAUGAGCCGCCGCUCUACAACCUGAGGGGGGCUUCGUCCCAGUCCGACCUCGGGGUCCCGGCAGCCGCGGCGGUCUCCCCCUGGGGACCCGGCGUCUCCGCUCCGGCCUCCGCCGGCCCGCCGACAAGGACGGCUCCUCGGGGGUGAA